CAUUAAUGGCUCAUAGUCAAAUUCAAUAACUCUAUCAAAGCACAUAACUAUUUAUCAAUUUUUUUUUCUCAGUGUUACUUUUGUGAAAGAUAAAUAUUUUUUUGUGCAACAAAACAAAGAACAUAACUUUUGGGCAAGGAACACAAAGCUGGAUGAACAAAUUUACUCAACAAAACCCAACCCUUCCCUUCUUUCGAAAUGAAAAUUUAGCAAAGAGUAAUGUCAAUAUGCACAAGAAGAUGCCUUUUCCUACUAGAGAGAUGCAAGAAUAUGAAGCAACUCAAGCAAGCACAUGGACAAGUAAUCACAUGUGGACUUGGGGAAAAUAGUUUUGCCUUAAGCAGGCUGUUGGCUUUCUGUUCACAUCCUAAUCUUGGUAGCCCAAUUUAUGGCUUUAAAAUCUUUGAACAAAUUCAAGAACCCACAAUUUGCAUAUUCAAUACAAUCAUCAAAUGCUUCUUACUCAAAGGUGAAUUCAACAGAAUCACAGAGAUAUACAAAAACAUGUUGAAAAUUGGUAUGUACCCUGAUAAUUACACACUCCCUUAUGUGUUAAAAGCUUGUGGAAGAAUGAAAAGUCGUCAUCUUGGUGAGUUGAUUCAUGGGCAAAUCUUGAAAUUGGGGUUCUUGAUUGAUAUUUUUGUGGGUAAUACUUUAAUUGGUUUUUACACUGGUUUUGACAAUGUGGAAGCUGCAAAAUCUGUUUUUUAUGAGAUUCCUUGUAAUUGUGUUGUUUCUUGGACUGUUUUGAUUUCUGGGUAUGCAAAAAGAGGGGAUGUUUAUGAAGCAAGAUUGAUAUUUGAUGAAUGUUUAGUGAAGGAUAGAGGAGUUUGGGGGUCUAUGAUAUCUUGUUAUGUACAAAAUAAUUGUUUUAAAGAAGGGUUAAAAUUGUUUAGGCAAAUGCAAAUGAGUGGAAUUGAACCAGAUGAGGCCAUUCUUGUUAGUGUACUUUCUGCUUGUGCUCAUUUGGGUUCUCUUGAUAUUGGGAUUUGGAUUCAUAGAUAUGUGGAGAAGUUGAGAAUGUCCAUAAAAAGUGUUAAAUUAGGGACUGCUUUUGUUGAUAUGUAUGCAAAAUGUGGUUGUUUGGAUAUAGCAGAGAAGGUGUUCGAUAAAAUGCUGCAAAGAGACCUUAUUUGUUGGAAUGCUAUGAUAUCAGGAUUUGCUGUGAAUGGAAAUGGUUUAAAGGCGUUAAAGUUAUUCAAUGAGAUGCAAAGUUCCAGAAUUAGGCCGGAUGAGGUUACAUUCAUUUCGAUGUUUACUGCUUGUAGUUAUGCAGGAAUCACUAACGAAGGUCUAAAUUUGUUGAAUCUAAUGUGUAACGUGUAUCAUAUUGAGCCUAAAGGUGAACACUAUGGAUGCAUAAUCGACGUUCUCAGUAGAGCCGGGCUGGUUGAGGAAGCCAGAAAGAUAGUUCAAAACAUGCCUAAUUCGAGUGUUCCUUCCGAAGAGGCAAUAGCUUGGAGAGCAUUACUAAGUGCCUCGGGGAAUCACGGACUUGUUGAUUUAGCUGAGGCUGCUGCUGAGAGAAUUGUGAAACUAGAAAGGCAUAGCGGAGCAUACGUUCUACUCUCGAAUAUUUAUGUUGCAGCAGGUAAACAUGACAAUGCUAGAAGGAUAAGGAAGAAGAUGAAAAGCCAAUAUAUAGACAAGGUACCAGGUUGCAGCUCCCUUGAGAUGAAUGGUGUUGUUCAUGAAUUUAUUGCAGGAGAGAAAACUCACCCUCAAUUAGUUCAAAUCCAUGAACUUUUGGAGACUAUUAACAAUCAGUUAGAUAAUAGUACACACAUCUUACAUGACUCUGAUCAUUGAUACAUUUAUUGGUUUUCUGAGUUAUGUUUUUGGUUUCUCAAUUCAUUUUAUACAAUUUGAAUUGCUAAGAGUGCCUUAAAACCGAAAAAUCGAACCAAAUCAAUCUAGUCUUUUUCAAGUCUCAACUUCAACCAUAAAUGGUACUCAUAUUGUUGA